CCACACAAGGGUUAAAUACAUUUGUACAUUUGUGUCAGCAAUGACUGUUCUUACCUAGAGUAAACGGAGCAACGACAACACUCACACAUUUGAUAGUGAAGGAGUGAAGCUUCCACACCUGAGUCACAUCAUCAGCCAAUCAGAACCCGUCCUGAGAUUGAGUUCAGGUGAGUUAGUGAGGUCUGAUUAACCAGCACCGCAGUGCUGAGCUUCCUCGCGCUAGUUUAAACUCUACCGCUCUGAUUAAACCCUGGCUUCAGAUUAGCUGUGGUCUAUUUAGCGUCUAGUUAAUCCCGGUCCUCUGUUUGGGUGAGUGUACCGUCUGUUUUGGGUUUUUGGGCCUUUUCUGCUUCUGUUAACGGUGUCUGGACAGGCACAUGUUAAUCAGACACUGUCCAAAUCCAAUCAUCCUGAACUAUAGUCUAUAACUGGCGAGGAACUGGCCUGCUGGAUUCAGUUAAUGCUGCAGUUCAGGCCCUGUAUAACUCAGCAGUGUGUGUGUGUUUGUCUGUGAACUCAAAGUUGUAGGACAAUGACUUCUGGAGAUUCAAGAGGAAGGUUCUCUGAAUAUGCUCCAACACCACUGGGUCAGGAGACCCAUGGUCUUUUUGAAAAUUUUGCAGAUGGAGGUCAGUCAUUGAUGUCAGCACCUGGGAGUGCAGAGAAUUGUUGCGGUUGGCCAGAGUUCAGGUUGUUUCCAUCUGACUCGUCAGAAUCCUUUGAGACGGACAGCUCUGGCGGAUAUGGAGCCUAUGAAUCUUUUCACCUGCUGACCCCGAAUAUCGGACACUGUAACAGAGGAUAUGGGGACGUUCGCUCUGGUGCCUGGACUGAUGACAUGCCGAUAGGUUGGCGAAUGCCGUACCGAGGAUCUUCUGGAAGGUCCAGGUCUCCACAGUCGGACUGCGGUGGGAGAAAUAACUAUUCCUCCUAUAAUGACCAUCCGGCUCCUUUCAGCUCCUGUACCACCUCACACACCAAGCCUGCUCCCAUUGGCUCCUGUGGCAGAGCCAGGUCUGUGUAUAUAGAGCACCUGUAUGGAGUGAGGGGAGGAGACACUGCAGCAGAGUGCAGAGCCAAAAGCAGAGGCUUUUGUGGGCUGAGUGGAGCUUCUGGGAUUCAGAACAGUCGAUCUAAUGCAGCAGUGCCAGUGUUCAGAGGGACUAAGCGGAAGAUGACGGCUCCAGCGUCUCCGGGCAAAUUCGGCAAGAAGCCGAAGAUUGUUAAAGCAGUUCCUAGAAAGGAAACUGGUGCAGCACUGAAAUUCACACAGCACAGUCCAGAAUCACUUGGAAAGGAUAUGAGCACAGAAGAUGCGGAGGAUAAGAAAUUUCGUGUUCGAGAGAAACGGAGACGCAGACGAGAGAAGAACCAUGAGAAAUAUGGAGACAAACACAGACUGGCCUUCACGUGUGCGUUUUGUAAGUUUCGCACAUUUGAAGACAAAGACAUUGAGAAGCACUUCGGGAGCACAUAUCACCGUGAAACACUCGACUACAUCCGACGACAAGCCAAAUUUGAUGACCGUGUCAUCGGCUUUCUUCACGACUGCAUGGUGCACAAGUUCCGGAAAACAGUGUCUGCUUUGUGCAAAUUGCGAACAGUUACUGACAAGAAAACAAAUCAAGAAAUAAUGGAAGGUGUGACUGAGGAUGACUACAUGAGGAAGGUGGAGGUGGUGCACUGUAUGGCCUGUGGAACGUACGUCCCUGCGUUCUUCACUUCAGUCCAGCAGCAUCUCAGUUCUCCCAUUCACUUAAAGAGCAAAGUGGUGUAUAAAGAGCAGCUGAAAAGGGAGAGCGUGCUCACAGCCAAAGCUAUAAUCAAUAACGACAGUGUCAAAGUUCGCUAUGAGAAGUAUAUGAAGGGAGAAGACCCGUUUGUAAACGAUUGUAAAGAAGAGUUGAGUUCGGAUUCGUCUGAACAGGACAGACCUGAUGAAGCUGAAGAUGAUAAAGUGGAAUCUGGUGACCUGAAUGAAUGAGUGUGAAAUAGUGAUGAGUUGAUGAGUACUGAACAAUAACUGUGUAUUCUGGUCUUCGUUUGUGUUCCUGAAGCUCCUCUAAUUGAAGCGAGUCUGGUUGGUUGUUUGGUUUUUGCCUCUUUAGUUAAAUAUAAUGUGUGUUUUUUUUGUUUGACGUUAAGGCAGGAUCACUGUUCCUAUUAAUAUGCAAAUACUAAAGUAACCCAUGUGGCUGUAAGGAAGAUGCAUGUCUACAAUUAAAUUAUAUAACACAA